AUGAAGAAGUGCUUCUUGCCUUGUUUCGUGCAGGGGAACACGAGCGCGAAGGCGGCCUCAGAGCCAGUUACCACCGAGAAAAUCAAGGAUAUUGGGCUUCAGCGCAUGACGGUAGCAGGGAGAGAUACGCCCGUAGCAACGGCGGGGGGAUCUAUCCCGGCAGGCGAUCUGUGGAAGGAUCAACCAGCGAUCGUUUUCGUAGUGCGGCGGCCUGGAUGUGCACUCUGCCGUGAGCAUGCGCAGGAUCUGAGUAACAAGCAACCAGAUUUCGCGGCCAAAGGGGUGAAACUCGUUGGAGUUGUCCACGAGAAGCUUGGCGUGGAGGAAUUCUCGGGAUUCUUCAAAAACGGCGAAAUUUACUUUGACGAGGAGAAGGCGUUCUUCAACGCGCUGGGCAUGCGGUGGGAGGGUUUGUCUUCUCUGAUGAAACCGAGCGUGAUCAGCAACGCAAAGCGCGCAUCGGCCAAGGGCGUUAAGGGCAACCUGAAGGGAGAAGGAAGGCUGCUUGGCGGGCUCCUUGUGGUAGGGAGCGGAGAUUCCGGCAUCGCCUUCGAGCACAGGGAGGCGGUUUUUGGCGAUCACGCGAGUAUGGAUGCUAUCAUGGCGGCAGUGGACACGGUAGUGCCCAAACCCUCCGGUUAG